AUGCCCGUCACACGAAGCAGAACUGGCAAGAUGCAAGAGGAGAAGACAGAAGAGCAUCAAACAGAUGCAGAACAGGUCCCAGACCCACCGCGGAGGGAAAACCCGUUCCCUAUUCGACAUAGCAUACCGCCGAGGUCGCCACAAGGGACACAAGACGUCGAAGAAACCGUCGUUCAACAAACAACGGCGCGAUCACAGCUCUCCGAUAGAGAAAAGGAGAGACAGAAACAAAUCGCUAUCGCCCGAGAAGAGGUCAUUCGCUAUCGAUUACAGUUGGCGGAGGCCAAGCUAGCCCGACUGGAAGCCUUCGGAGAAGAAGACGAAGAACCGUCGGAACCAGCAUCGCAAGACGGCCACAAUAGGGUCGUCGAAUGGCUCGAGCAGCAGUCCGAGCCACCACCGCCUCCACCAGAAGCACCACCGAAUCCACCGAAGAGGCCCACACCGGCGAGAAUAGAGGAGCCGCUUCGGGGUACCAUAGAAACUCACCAACGAUUGGCACCCACAGACACCAUUCAAGUUGGUGAUCUCGCAACUGCAGUAACCGAAAUCGUCAGGGCGACUACAUCGUCGCUAGCGGCCGUCGCGCCGCACCCACAAGCGUCAACGUCGGGUCCCCUAGCAGCACAGUAUAGAGGGGAACUCACACCGUUCUACGGGGCGCAUACAGAUUGGCUGGCCUUCAAGGCAGCCUACGAAGAAUCUGCGGGGUAUCUAACGCCGUCGCAGAACAUAGAAAGGCUCCGGAGAGCCUUACGAGGGGAGGCUAGGUCAGCAAUGAAGAGCCUCCUAAUAGCAAACACGCCGGCCGAAGAGAUCAUGCACGAGUUGGAGCUCACCUUCGGUCGACCGAACAACAUAGCAGAAGUCGAAAUAGCAAAGCUGCGGAGUCUUCCACCACCGAAGGACACACCGGGGGAGUUCUGCAGAUUCGCCACAGCCGUCAAGAAUAGCAUCGUGUCAUUGAAGACGUUGAAGAAGAUCAACUUCCUAUACAACCCGGAAGUGGCGAAGUUAUUAAUAGAAAAACUACCGCCGAACAUUCGACAUAGGUGGUAUGUCUACUGCCAGCAGCAAGCUCACGAAGACGUACCGGAUUUAGUACAGUACUACAACUUCGUGAAGAUAGAAGCUGAAAUUUAUAGCGUAAGCGCCGAACCCAUGAAGAUAGCAAGCAUGGACGACAAACCGAAGCCGUCGGAAAGUCGUCGUGUUCAAAUCCGUCCGCAGCGAACACAUACAGCGAGCAAGACGGACAGCCCACCCCGCCACAAGCCAACGUGUCCCGUGUGCAAAUCAAAUUCGCACACGGCGGCGCAACAGUGUGAAAAAUUCAAGAAAGAAAAUAGCUACGGGCGUUGGGAAAUAGCGAAGGCGCAACGUCUGUGUUUCCGAUGCCUACAAUAUCGAACACAGACACAUAACUGCAAGACGAAGACUUGCGGAAUAGAUGACUGUCCACGUAUGCAUCACAAAUUGUUGCACUACAGGGCAGCGAGCGAGACACAGAAGACAGAGACAGCAACAGUAUCGACAGGCGUCUCGCUCACACGUUCGCCGCGCAGUUAUCUCAAAAUACUGCCGGUGAAAAUAGUCGGACCGCGGGCCAGCAUCGACACUUUCGCCCUCCUCGACGAUGGAUCUACCAUCACCCUCAUAGAUGAGGAAAUAGCCACAAGAGUCGGCGCGGAGGGGCCGACAGAACCACUGAAAAUAGAAGCACUGGCCGGCGCAACGGUUCGAACAAAUAGUUCGAGACGCGUAACUCUAACGUUAUGCGGUUCAGAAGAGGAGUAUGAGAUCUCCGCCAGGACAAUGAAGGGACUCAAACUCGCCAAACAACAAAUAGAAGAAAGGGAUAUCCGACGAUGUCAACACCUGGCUGGCAUCAAGAAGAUACUGUGUUACCACGACGCCACACCAACGAUCCUCAUCGGCCAAGACAAUUGGGAACUGUUACUGGCCAUAGAAGUUCGCCGAGGAUCUUCGUCACAACCAGUCGCAUCGAAAACUCCGCUCGGAUGGGUGCUGCAUGGAGCGUCCACUCGCAGUCUCGGCCAUCAAGUCCACCAUGUAUAUCAUAUACGUGAGGGGGCCGAGGAUAGAAUAGAAGAGGAAUUAAGAAGAUAUUUCUCUAUAGAAUCACUAGGCGUGCUGCCAAGAAAGACACGCGCCGACCCUCAAGAGCGAGCACUACAGAUACUACAGAAGAAGACUCGCGCUCUGCCAGAUGGGGGAUAUAGUACAUCGCUACUGUGGAAAACAGAUAAAGUCGAGUUGCCGAACAACUACGAUGCGGCGCUCAACAGGCUGUACAGCACAGAGAAGAAAAUAGAUAGGAAUCCACAGCUGAAAGAAGAAUACGAGCGACAAAUAGCGCUCCUAAUAGAAAAAGGCUACGCAGAAGAAGCCGCCACCACCCCAUCGGACGCCCGCACCUGGUAUCUUCCGCACUUUCCCGUGCUUCAUCCAGCUAAGCCGGGGAAAGUUCGUCCAGUCUUCGAUGCAGCCGCUCGCGCCAGGGGGACGUCACUCAACGAUCAUCUGCUGACCGGUCCGGACUUACUUCAAUCGUUACCAGGAGUGUUAAUGCGAUUCAGACAACAUCCAAUAGCCGUCGCCGCAGAUAUAGAAGAAAUGUUUCUACGAAUAGAAAUCAACGAAGAAGAUAGAGAUGUCCUGCGGUUCCUGUGGCGACAACACCGGCGGGAGGGACCACCCCGCGAAUAUAGAAUGAAGGCAGUGAUCUUCGGCGCCGCCUGCUCACCGUGCAUCGCUUUGUACAUCAAGAACCACAACGCAGAACAACACAAGGAACAAUAUCCAAGAGCAGCCGACGCAAUUAUCCAUAACCACUAUAUGGAUGAUUACCUUCAAAGUUUCCAAACAGAGGAAGAAGCUAUAAAAAUCACCCAUGAAGUUGACACCGUACAUAGGAAAGCAAAAUUCCAUUUAAGGAAGUGGACAUCGAACAGCCCACAACUACAAGAAAAAUACAACAGCACAAGAAUAGAAGAUAGGACCGUCUCCAUAGAUAGAGCCGACAAAGAAGAGAAAAUAUUAGGCCUCACAUGGAGGCCCGCCACGGACACAUUGGGCUUCAACUUAAAUAUGGCCCGAAUUCCGCAAGAGAUAGUCAACAGAAGUCGCACACCGACGAAGAGAGAAGCCCUCCGUACGGUCAUGUCUCUCUUCGACCCACUAGGAUUAGCAUCACCCGUCACCGUGCAAGCGAAAGGCAUUUUACAAGAAACAUGGCGAAUCGGCAUCGGUUGGGACGAGAAAUUGCCUGAGAAGUUAGCCGAAGACUGGACGAAGUGGACACAGCACUUAGUCAAUUUACGCCAUAUCAACGUGCCACGAUGUCAUCCGGAGCUGAGCAGCGCGUCAUCCAGGGAACUGCACACAUUCGUAGACGCAAGCGAGAACGCCUACGCCGCCGCCGUGUAUUGGAGAGUGCAAGACAAGGACGGCAACAUUCACGUGACACUCGCCAUAGCCAAGGCGCGAGUUUCACCUCUGAAGAUAGUAUCUAUACCAAGACUCGAGUUGCAAGCCGCUGUCCUGGGUUGCCGGUUAGCACGCACGGCUACAGAAGAAUACCAGAUUAAACCGGACCGUCGAUACUUCUGGAGCGAUUCAAGAACAGUAUUAGCGUGGUUAAGGGCUGGUCCACGCACAUUCAAACCAUUCGUGGCGCAUAGAGUCGCGGAAAUAGAAGAAGAAACGAAAGCGAACGAAUGGAAAUGGGUACCUACGCGUCACAACGUGGCCGAUGACGCAACUCGAGGAGUGCCCACGGAUUUCGACACGGAACACCGAUGGUUCACCGGACCCCAGUUCCUAUACAAGCCGCAGGAAGAUUGGCCCGGGCAAGAUGAGUCUGGUGGCAUAACAACAGACACCGGAGAAGAACGCACGCACAUGGUAUACACAGGCGAUAGCAACACAACAGACAGCGGCGUACUCCCGGACAUCACACGCUUCACGUCAUGGCUGCGACUGCUACGAGCCACAGCACGCGUGUUGCAGUUCAUCGACCGGUUACGCGAAGCAGUCGAAAAUAGAAAAAACACCGCCUCACAAAACGCGGUACAUUAUAGGCGCACAGCGCGCAAUAUAGAGAAGGACCCGGCGUGGAAUAAGAAGACGGCUCGCAAAAUAGUACAGACAGCGCCGAGGUUCGACAAUAGUGAAGAAAGAAAUUUCGUCAAAUUAACUGCGGAAUAUAUACGACGCGCGGAACAAUUGUGGAUACGGGCCGCGCAACAAGAAUCGUUCAAGAACGAAAUAGAAACACUCCGCGGUAAAGGGACAGUCGAUAACAAUAGCAGACUGAAACCACUAGCGGUGAUCGAAGAAGACGGUUACAUCAAGUUGAAAUCAAGAAUAGCAGCAGUCGUCGAUGUUACAGAUAGCAUGAAGAAACCGAUAGUCCUGGAUGGGAAUCAUCGAUAUACCCAGUUGUACCUGGACUGGGUGCAUAGAACACAUCACCACGCCGGAGUCGAGUUGGUGAUGAACGAAGCUCGACAGCAUUAUUGGAUACUUCGAGCGAGACCGACAAUUCGCAGCAUCGUCAAGCGAUGUCAACUGUGCCGACUACGACGCGCAACAGCAUCGAUCCCGCCCACCGGAGACCAUCCGGUCAGCCGACUCGCCCAUCACCAGAGGCCAUUCACAUACACAGGCGUGGACUUCUUCGGGCCUCUUAGUGUCACCGUGGGGCGACAACACCACAAACGCUACGUCGCGUUGUUCACAUGCUUGACAACGCGAGCAGUACAUUUAGAGUUAACCACUUCAUUGUCCACAGACUCCGCAAUAUCCGCACUCAGGCGGAUGAUGGCCCGACGAGGGAAGCCAACCGAGAUCUGGUCCGACAAUGGGACCAACUUCCACGGCGCAGACGCAGAGCUACGUCGCGCCGCCAUAGAAGCAAGUCGCGAAGACGCGGCUAAUCAUCGUAUACGCUGGCGGUUCAUCAGCCCCAGCGCACCAUUCAUGGGCGGAGCGUGGGAACGUCUCAUCCGCUCCGUGAAAACAGCAUUAGCCGCCACACUGCAUGAGCGGCACCCUUCGGAAGAAACAUUAGUCACACUGCUGUGUGAGGCGGAAUAUACCGUGAAUAGCCGUCCGCUCACACAUGUAUCAACUGACCCGGACGACGAGGAAGCCAUCACGCCUAACCACUUUCUACUGGGUGGUUCGGGCAAAGUGCAAACUCCGGGAAGUUUUGGAGACACCGAUAUCGAUAGCCGGAGUCACUGGAAGAGAGCGCAACGGCUAGCAGACCACUUCUGGAGCCGAUGGCUCCGGGAGUACCUACCGGAACUUCAACACCGGCGGGAGCCCCGCGGCACGGGGCAACCUCUGCGCAUCGGGGACUUAGUCCUGAUCGUCGACUCCAAUCUCCCGCGCAACACAUGGCCGCGCGGGAGGGUAAUAGCAGUGUUUCCCGGCCCAGACGGCGUCAUCCGAGUGGCCGACAUCCAGACCAAGAAUGGCGUGCUGAGGAGGCCAACCAAACGACUCGUGGUCCUGCCAACGGGAGUUGCUGAUAGUGAAGAGCGGGUUCCGGAACCAGACAAGGCUCCUGCAGCGCCCUCGACGACCGCUGCAGCGGCGGGAGAAUAA